AUGGCGGAGUCCGAGAACCAGCCGCGCGGGCUCUCCAUCCCGCUUUCCCCGCAGAUCUCCUUGGAGCACGAGAUCCUGCUGCACCCGCGCUACUUCGGCCCCAACCUGCUCAACACGGUGAAACAGAAGCUCUUCACCGAGGUGGAGGGCACCUGCACCGGCAAGUAUGGCUUUGUCAUUGCUGUCACCACCAUCGACAAUAUUGGGGCUGGUGUGAUCCAGCCAGGCAGGGGCUUUGUCCUUUACCCAGUUAAGUACAAGGCCAUUGUUUUCCGGCCCUUUAAAGGGGAAGUCGUGGAUGCUGUCGUCACUCAGGUCAACAAGGUUGGACUCUUCACAGAAAUCGGACCCAUGUCCUGCUUCAUCUCCCGCCAUUCCAUCCCGUCCGAGAUGGAGUUUGAUCCUAACUCCAACCCACCGUGUUACAAGGAAGUGGAUGAGGACAUUGUGAUUCAGCAGGACGAUGAGAUCCGCUUGAAGAUUGUGGGGACCCGUGUGGAUAAGAACGACAUUUUUGCGAUCGGCUCUUUGAUGGAUGAUUACUUGGGGCUUGUGAGCUGAACACUGCGCCUCCUACCUUGCUUGACCCUUAUCUCGGGAGGGUGAUUGUCACACUUCCCAUGUGGUCGAGAGGCCCAGCCUGGCUGCUGUGGGGGAGGCAAGGCAGGCUCCUGGUCCCAGAAGACAUCUGACUCCUUCCGGCUUAGCAGCCACUCCCAGACUUUGACUGUGUUCUGACCCUAAACGGUCUUUGGUUCUCAUGGAAGUGUUACCCUCUUUCUUCGGUAAAAACAGCUCUUUUUUUUAAACUGCA